AAUUCUGCUCUGUCAGAGACAGCAUCUGUCAAGCCCACAUUUAAACUGCUGCCUGCCUGUGCAGCACAGAAGAACCGUGCAUUUCACAUUACAGACUAAAACCCCAGGAAAACAGCUCAAAAAAUCCUUCCUGCAGCUGCCAGGCAAUCACGACGGAGAAAGGCAAAGCCUUUUUUUUUCCCCCAAUGCAACUGAAACACUAAACCACAGCUCUGCUGCUUAACAUUGCAGCUCAGCGCUAUUACUAGAAAUAUGGAUACUGAGAAGAGAAUACAGCACUGCAUUGUCCAGCCGGGAAUACAGCAGAUGUAAAGAGCUUCAAUGCAUCAACUGUCGGAAAGAGUCAACUGUGCACCAAAUACAACAGACAGCUACAGCUCUUUUGUUUAGUGAAAGAGAGAAAAUGAAAGAAAGGAAAAAUCUCUGAAGACUAUAGGAUAUAGACAUAUGAACAAGAAGGGUAACUUGAAGACACCCCGACAGAUGGACACUUUGGAUACUGUGAAAAGCAAUCACAGGAGGCAGACUGUUGGGGGAUGUGCGCAUGUUCGAUAGCAUCGUUUUUUGCUGAAGUGAUGGCGUGCCAAAAGUAUUUUCAGUAGACAUAAUCCUCUCCAUCUAAUGCUCUGACCAAGAAAGAAAGAAUGACAUCGAGGGACGUGUAUCUGAACCAGAAAACGAUGAGUCAAGAACAGUAUUGAUUCAGGGACAGAACAACAGUGUUUUUGGCCACAGACAUCUGUUACUAUUACUGGAUAUUUACAACAUGCUUCAGUGGAGAAGACGACACUGUUGCUUUGCAAAAAUGACCUGGAAUACUAAGAGGUCUCUGUUCCGGACUCACCUUAUGGGUAUACUUUCUCUAGUGUUUCUUUUUGCUAUGUUUUUGUUUUUCAAUCAUCAUGACUGGUUACCAGGUAGACCAGGAUUUAAAGAAAAUCCUGUGACAUACACUUUCCGAGGAUUUCGUUCUACAAAAAGUGAGACAAACCAUAGCUCCCUUCGGAACAUCUGGAAAGAAGUAGCUCCUCAGACUUUGAGGCCUCAAACAGCAAGUAACUCCAAUAACACAGAGCUAUCACCACAAGGAGUUACAGGACUAGAGAACACUCUCAGUGCCAAUGGAAGCAUUUAUAAUGAAAAAGGUACUGGACAUCCAAACUCUUACCAUUUCAAAUAUAUUAUCAAUGAGCCUGGAAAAUGUCAAGAGAAAAGUCCAUUUUUAAUACUAUUAAUAGCUGCAGAACCUGGACAAAUCGAAGCAAGAAGAGCUAUACGGCAAACUUGGGGCAAUGAAACUUUAGCACCUGGCAUCCAAAUUACACGGGUUUUUUUGUUGGGCAUAAGUAUUAAGCUAAAUGGCUAUCUUCAACAUGCAAUUCAAGAAGAAAGCAGACAGUAUCAUGAUAUAAUUCAGCAGGAAUACUUAGAUACAUACUAUAAUCUGACCAUUAAAACACUAAUGGGUAUGAACUGGGUUGCAACAUACUGUCCACAUACUCCCUAUGUUAUGAAAACGGACAGUGACAUGUUUGUCAACACAGAAUAUUUAAUACACAAGUUACUAAAGCCAGACCUGCCUCCUAGACAUAACUAUUUUACUGGCUAUCUAAUGAGAGGAUAUGCACCGAACAGAAACAAAGACAGUAAGUGGUACAUGCCACCAGACCUUUACCCAAGUGAGCGCUAUCCUGUCUUCUGCUCAGGAACUGGUUAUGUGUUUUCUGGGGAUCUGGCAGAGAAGAUAUUUAAGGUUUCUUUAGGUAUCCGUCGUUUGCACUUGGAAGAUGUAUAUGUAGGGAUCUGUCUUGCCAAGUUGAGAGUUGAUCCUGUGCCCCCUCCCAAUGAGUUCGUGUUCAAUCACUGGCGAGUUUCUUAUUCAAGCUGUAAAUACAGCCACCUAAUUACCUCUCAUCAGUUCCAGCCUAGUGAACUGAUAAAAUACUGGAACCAUUUACAACAAAAUAAGCACAAUGCCUGUGCCAAUGCAGCAAAGGAAAAGGCAGGCAGGUAUCGACACCGCAAACUACACUAGAAGACUAUUUUUGUUCAAAUGUGGAGUCUGUAAAUAUUGCUUAAAGCAUGUAUAGUUAAAAACUUGAUUAUAUACAUAGGACAAGUUUUAGUUCAACUCAUCACAUAAAGGAAUUCAAAGCUAUUUUUUAAAUUUCUGGAUAAGAUAAUUCAUACAAUUGCAAAUUAUGACAAAAAGGUAUCCCAAAAGAGUCUAUUUAAAUAACUGUAUGAGGAGAUUCUCUAUAUUAACAUGCAAUAAUAAGCAUGCAUACAUAAAUGGUUCAAGUCUUACAUUAGGGACCAAUACAAUGUAUCUGCAUACAUUUUCUAUAUAAAUCUUAAUAAAUGAAGACAGUAAAAAGAUUCCUAGAUUUACUUUUGAUUUCACCAUAUAACUAAAUGUAAAUAAGACAGUACUAUUGAUUUUAAAGGAACUUUGUAAUUGUGCAAAGAACAAAUUUUCUGACCUGACUCAGUUGCAAUAAGAUUUAGUUAAGUUAUUCCAUAAACUCAUUCAUAGCAUUCAGGUGUUUGAGCAAUGCAAUUCUCAUUCAAGAAUAUACUUUUAAAAAUAAUUUAUAAUUAUUUUAAUUUCUUUUAUUAAUACUUAUCUAUACUGGGAAAAUUAUUUUGACAUGAUGUGAUAAAUGUGAAAAAUUAAUGUGUCUCAGGCUCAAGUUUUUAUAAAAUGAAUUAUUAAAGGUAUCAAAAUAGAUGAUAAAUUUUGUUUCCUCAUUGGUAUUAAGGGUCAAGCCCAUAUUUCAAUGGAUUUUGCCUUUAAAAUAUGACACUCUUGGGGAGUGCUUUUAUCUUCAACUAUACCUGACUUAAAGUAUGUCUGUAAAAUAGAAUCAUAUUCCUCUAGCUGAAAUACAAGUAGUAACAUAACAGCACAGGGGGGAUGUGCGGUUUUAAAUAUGGAAGAAAAAAAUGAAUAGAGGUAGUAGUUUCAUUCAAUGUAUUUUAAAGUUGUAUAUCUGCCAAACAGCGAGAUAUAGGAAAAGUUUAUAUUCUGAGAGCAGUGUACGUAAGACAACAUUUAAUCAUUUUAUGGCACUUAUUUCUUUCUCUCAGUGUCAAGUUUGUAAACCUUCGGUUUUUAAUUUGGUAGAUGACAAAUAUUUGCAUCACCAAUUCAAACCAUUUAGGGAAUGGUGGGGAGAAAGCUACGUAUGUUUGAUAACCAUUUGCUUUUAGAAUGGACAAUAUACUUAAUGCACUUUAAUCAAGGUACUAUUGGUUUUUAAAAGGUAAACAACAAAGCCCUGAACUAAAUGCUAUACAAAUGUUCUCAUAUUUCAUUUGGCCCUAUCAUGAACUGUAACAUCAAUAAACACAAGCCCAGUAACUUUGAAACUUAGUGUAUCCUAUGAAUAUUUAUGAAUUUUAAUUAAGUCAGAAUAUCUCCUAUCAGAAUUCUAAUAAUCGUUUUUAUCACUAAAUCUAGUAUGAAAGGAUAAAUUGACAGAUGCACAAAAAGCUUUAUUUGUUAGUAAUACAGAGUUCUACUUAUAUUAAAUGUAUAGCUCAUUUUUUAAAUAAGAAGCCUAAGUAUUCUAUUCCACACCAAAUGGUUAUGAAUAAUCAGCUAUAAAACAGAUCCAGCUCUUAGCUAAUGUUUAUUUUUUACUUAAUUUAGUCUAUGUAAUUGUAGUGAACAGAAUUUCCUCACAAAAAGACAUACACAGAGGACAACACCAAACCACACCAGUGAUCAAAGACAGAGAGAGACCCUGUCAGUGUACUUGAGUCUCUCUGAUAUCACAAAGGUUUAAAAUGAAAAUGGGAAGUAUGUAUGUUUGUGAGCGUUCCUGCACAAGUAUGUAAACAAAAAGAGAACUCAUAAGUGAUAUUUUAAAACUAUUAAUAGUAUAGGAUUACUGGGAUUAAAAUACUGACUUAAAAAACACAGAGUUCUUAAAAAUACUUAGGUGCUUACUAAAAUUAUUUCUAUUAAUUUGAAAAGAUAAUUUAAUCAUGGUCUGAGUCCUCAGAGAGCAUUAAACCAGUCAAGUUAUUAAUGUCUAAAGUCUGUACUUUUGACUUUGGGAGAACACACAGUAGCAUAGCUUCAGCACUGGAAAAUAAGGCAGGAGGAAAGAGAGUUCAAGGCAAUUUUAGGUUAAACAAUAAAAUCCUAAGAAAACCAUCAAACCUUACUUUAAAAUAAAAAUUCUAUUAUUAAUUUAUUUUUACAUUUAAUUUUCAAUAAUAUAAAUGCUAACUUUAUAAGCUGCUAUAUAAUGUCUCACCAGUUGUUAAUUAUAUCUUGUUUACCUUAGUACUAUGAAAUUUUUAUAUAUAAGAAAUGUUUGAAAAUGACUAUUAUUAUAUUGAUUUGACCAAAAGAAAGUUUACAGAAUCAACUGUGUAACACUAAACUCAAAAUGUUAAUAGACAUUUCAGAAGGAAAAUGCAAAUUUCAGUAUUUACAACAUUAGUUUGUUUGAAAUAAAAUUAGAAGUAAUUAAAUUCUUCAACAAUAAAUAAUUUGCAUUUCCUUAAUGUCUUUCAUGCAUAAAUACAUAAGCACAUACACCUAAUUGGAACUUUUUAAAUACCUGAUUCCCCCCCCCCAAAAAAAUAAUAAUAAAAUACCAAUAACAAUACCGCACGCACACUAUUUACUGACUGUGGAAGCAAUGUAUCUGGAACUGUUAAAAGUACCCUUAUUGCUUUAUACAAUACAUUUAGCACUAAAAGAUAAAAGACUCAUACAAGAGGUUAAAUACAUUAAAUCACAAGGCUAGUAAUGAAAGGCUUCCACCUCAGAGGUCAUGCUCUUAUCCACUAUUAUGAUGUUCUACUAUGAAUUUCAUUUAUGGCAGAAGCUAAUAGUUCUACAAAACCAAGCACAAUUGGCUCAUCCCACUAUGCCUCAUUCUCUACUUAUUCUCUUUGGCCAGGCCCACAGAUCUCACAGCCACUGUUCACUCACUGGCACAUGGCAUCAGGUGUUAGGGAUACAUAAGAAAAGGUAAAGGAAAAGACAUUUGGUCCCUUGGUUGUUUGCUCUUCUCCUCUGCAAAUAUUUGUAAAUGGUAACUUUAAUUUUGAAAAAUUGUGCACACUGCUGUUUUAGGCCCUGGGUUACAUCUGCUAAUAGUAGGCAAGUGACACUUAGAAAUUUCACAACUGUAAUUGUAGCAGACAAAUACAGCAGUGCAUAGAUUUACCCAUUGGACCAGUUCUCAGCUACUGAUCUGUGGUAGGGCCAAUGCCAACUCACCUGAUUAAAUCUAGCCAGGAGUGGUGGCACAUACCUUUAAUCCCAGGCAGAAGCAUGGUGGAUCUCAGUGUGUUCAAGGCCAAGCCUGGUCUGCAUAGCAAAUUCAAAGAUAGUUGGCGCUGCAUAAUAAAGAGAUCAUAUCUCAAGAACAAACAAACCAAAGAUACUACCAUGCCUUUUCCUAGGUACCCAAAUAGUGGAAAAGAGAACUGACUCACACAAAUUGUCCUCUGACCAUUAUAAGUGUGCACCAAGACACCUGUGCACGCACGCACACACACGCACACACACACAACAUAAGUAAAUGAAAUAAAAAUAUUUAAAGAAAAAAAACAGAUGCCAGAUGAUAUAAAAUUCAAUAUUAAUUACUCAAGCACCUACUCUCAAGAUUUUUAAUGACUACUUUAUUAAUUCAUUGUAGUCAGAAAGAGAAUCCAAAGUGAAGAUGAACAUAAAGGUUAUUCAUAACUAAGCAAAACUAAUUUCUACCAAUAUUAAAGGCAAGCAGGGUAUGGAGAAGCCUACUUA